AUGACAUACUUGCGAGCAAAAACAAUCCCUUCCAAUUUCAUAAUCCCACUCUCAUCCUCACAUCGAAAUCACAGGCUCAUUUCUCUUCCCAAUGGAUUAAUUUGCCUAUUGAUCUCUGAUGCUUCAAAGGAAGUAUCAGCUGCAUCUGUUUGUGUUUCAGCAGGGUCGUCUGAGGAUCCUGAUGCAUUGCCAGGAUUGGCACAUUUAUGUGAGCAUAUGCUCUUUGCUGGAACUGACGAGUUCCCUAGCCCUUCAGGUUUUUUUGAAUCGGUCACCAAGGCAGGUGGUUCGUGCAAUGCAUUUACGACUGGGUUCAGGACAACCUUUGAAUUUCAAUUACCAUCUGACGCUACCAAUGGGGAAAAUGGACAUCCUUUGUAUCACAAAAUGCUAGAAAACUUUGCUAGUUUCUUUAAAAGCCCAAUAUUUGAUCCAAAGUAUAUUGAAAUGGAAAUAAAGAAUGUGGAUAAUGAGCAUCAACUGAAUAAGUCGGACACCAACAAAAUUAUGUACUAUGGUCUAAAGUUAUUUGCUAGCGAUGGCCAUCUGUUUAAGAGGUUUUCUACGGGAAAUCUCGAAAAUUUCAAUAGAACAAAGUUAUCCCUGAUAAGAUCGAAGCUAAAGGAAUAUUUCGAAACCAAUUUCUUGGCUGACCGAAUGAGGUUGGUCUUGAUUGGACCACAGCUGGCAAAUCAGUUACAAAAAUUGGCAAUUCAAUAUUUCGACGGAAUUAAAGGAGAAGGGAAAGCGGAAACAGAGGCUCUGUCAUCGGUUUCUAUUCGUAGUAGGCUCAGCUUCAGCGAUGUGAUGAGCAGAUCCAAUAGAUCUGAUAAAUCUAUUAGUGUAAGUUUGGAUAAUAAACUUGCUGACACCAAAGAUAACGACAUGAGUAUACAUAAUAAUAAAAUUUUUAAGACGGGAAAGGUACUAUUCAUAAAGUCUGACACCUCUAAAUCAAUCUUAAGACUUGUUUUUCCAAUUGAGAAUACUUCCCAAAAAUUAAAGUACUACUCCAAAAUCUGGUCUAGUUUGCUAGGAGACGAGUCAAAGAAUUCAUUGUUUAUACAGUUGGAUGGUUGUCUAACCUCGAUAUACGCUUACACUCUGAAUCCCACUCAGAACGCAGAUAUCUUCAUCUUGGAAUAUGGGUUAACUAAGAAGGGUUUGCGUUGCCUCUUUGAAAUACUUACCGUCACCUUCAACUAUAUCAGCUCCUUUCUUUCCUCUAAGAGAGAACUAAUAUCAGCUUAUCUUACCCAGUUUUUAACAAUAGAUAAGCUAAAUUUCUACUUCAAGGACUUGCACCCAUCUCCGAUGGAGGAAUCUGGAGAAUUGGCAGGUUCUUUACAAGGCCUUUUUGGUACUGGAAAUGAUGAUAUAAUAGCUGGGAAUAUAUGUUACGAGAAUUUGGAGCUGUUCGAUAUAGAUGAGUUCAUCGUUAAAUCAAAGGAAAUUAUGACGUUUUCGAAUUUUAACGUAAUCCUCAUGAGUCAGAGAGAAGCUGUAUUAAAGGACAUAGUAGCUAAAAGUGACUUAAAGUACAUAAAUGAAUUGAAAAGUGACCCGUUUUAUGGCUUUAACUAUAAUUUGUCUGACAUUGAUGUACUCAGAUUUUACAGCAACUGCAACGAACUUAAUUCUUACUUUCCUAUUGAAAACCAAUUCUUAGCAUAUACACUCUCAGACAUUAGCACAAUGUCCAAAGAGUUGACACAGAUGUCAUCUGAUCCAGAUCCUCUGUGUAAUAAAUACACCGUUAAAGAUUCACUGAAUUUCCUGGAACCCAAAUUAAUGAAAACUGCAAACAAUAUUGAGCUAUGGUAUAAGUAUCAACAUCAUAUGUCUGAGAGGGUAAUGGUUUCAUUCGAAAUAUCAAAUAACUCCUCUGUACCAUUGGUCUGUAAGUCAACGAUUGCUAUAGAAUUGAUGUGCUACCUCAUCGGUAAUUCUCAAUUGGGGACUGAAUUAUAUACUGCAGAGCAAAUUGGAUAUACAUGGAGCAUCCUUCCUAAUGUGAACGGCAAUAAUUCUAUCUCAGGAACAGUCACUGGUUUAACAUAUGGUAUUGAUAUGGUUUUGGGUAAGAUAUGGGAAGUAAUUUUUAAUUUACCAAACUUCCUAAGAACUUUAUCAUAUAUUAACUUACUGAAGAGUAGGAUUUCUAUAAGAAAAAAGUAUCAAGAAAUGAUAACAAGUGGUGGUAGCGUUGAACAAAUAUUAGCUGGGACUCAGUCGUUAUUGGAAGUUGGCAUUUGGAGUAUUGACGAAAGGCUAGAAAUUCUUGAAGAAUUGGAGUUACAUGAUUUGAUUGAAUUGGGACAGCAGCUAGUUAGUAGUUCAGACACAAUGACUACCGUUUUUAUUGAAGGUGAUAUUGAAGAAUCUUUAGCACCCAAAUUCAUUGAUAUAUUUGGAGACAGGAAUCAUGCGAAUCUUCAACAAGAUGAGGACGACAUGAUUCCUUCUUAUUACGUGGAAAAUCAAAAUUUUGGUAGUUACUUGGUUCCAGGAGAGCAGUACGCUUUCUCAUCGGAUGCUCCAAAGGAGUCCCAGACAAACACAGUAAGUACUUAUGUUCAGAUUGGAGAAAGAGACUCAUUGUUUGACAGAACAUUCACUAAAUUAUUAUCUAUUUUACUCCAGUCUCUUGCUCCAAUGGAGCUCCGCAUGAAGAGAAAUCUUGGAUACAAUAUUUACACGGGACAAAGAAUCAACAGAACAACAAUUGGUGUAUAUAUAAUUAUAAUCAGUCGAACUUACGAAACGGAGUAUCUAGCACAACAAAUUAAUGAGUUUCUAUACGAAUGGUGUAUUGAGUUGGAAAAGCUGUUGGGAAGUAAAGACUCAACUAUAUUUGAAGAAAAAAUAUUGCAACCACUUUUGGACAACUUUGAUAAACCAGACUUAGGAGGUGUAGGUUCGUCUAAUAUAAAUUUUGGACUACUAUCCCCCAUAGGAAGUGAUUCCAAGCCAUCUGGUGAUAAAUUCAUACAACAUAAAAACUGUUGGACACAAAUAAUUGACAGGACUUAUCGUUUCAAAUCAAUAUGCGGAGAAGAAGAAAUAGAUUGCGAAUUGAUCCGCAAUAUGACGAGUAAGGAGUUUCUACAGGUAUUUCAAGAAAAAAUAUCUCCAUUCUCGACAAAGAGGGCUUCUGUCACCAUUAAUUUGAAUAGUAGAGUGGUCUUAAAUGAAAAAAUGAAACAAAUAACUGAGUUUCUUAACUCUAAAGGGCUCCAUGAGGUGUUGACACAUUCUGAAAUAGAGAGGGUUGCAAAAUCAUCAAACUAUAUCCAAGAGAUAUUCAAAGAAAUUAAAAUUAAAGGGGCCAAGUACAGGUUUAUAAGAAAGGCAAAAUCAGAAUCAUUGGCAAUGUUAUUUAUGAGUAAAGCCCAAAAAAUAGAAUUCCCAAAACAUAGAGCUGUUUCUACUGAACAGUUUCACAGUGAAUGUACAAGGCUAAGUAGAUAA